AUGAUCCGGCACUACGUCUCCAUCCUGCUGCAGAGCGACAAGCGCCUCACUCAGGAGCAGGUGUCGGACAGCCAGGUCUUGAUCCGGAGCAGAGUCCUGAGGGAGAACGGCAAGUACAUCCCCAAGCAGUCUUUCCUGACCCGGAAAUACUAUUUUAAUAACCCAGAAGAUGGAUUUUUUAAGAAAACAAAAAGGAAGGUAGUGCCUCCUUCACCAAUGACAGAUCCCACCAUGUUGACAGACAUGAUGAAAGGGAACGUAACUAACGUGCUGCCUAUGAUCCUUAUCGGUGGUUGGAUCAAUAUGACGUUCUCAGGCUUCGUCACAACAAAGGUCCCGUUUCCCCUGACACUGCGUUUCAAACCAAUGCUGCAGCAGGGAAUUGAACUGCUCACUUUGGAUGCAUCCUGGGUGAGCUCUGCUUCCUGGUACUUCCUGAAUGUGUUUGGACUCAGAAGCAUUUAUACUCUCAUUCUGGGUCAAGAUAAUGCUGCAGAUCAGUCCAGAGUGAUGCAAGAACAAAUGACAGGGGCAGCAAUGGCCAUGCCAGCAGACACUAACAAAGCAUUCAAGACGGAAUGGGAAGCUUUAGAAUUGACUGAUCAUCAGUGGGCCUUAGAGGAUGUAGAAGAAGAGCUUAUGGCAAAAGACCUCCAUUUUGAAGGCAUGUUUAAGGAAGAACUACAGACCUCCAUCUUCUGA